AUGGACGUGUCAUCGGCAACAGCAUCGAACGCAGCUGGUUCGACGCCGGGGAUUCUUAUCAAUAAUGAAAUGUCAGCAUCGUCGUCGUCCCAGCAGGUUGCUAAUUCGGUGAACCCUGCAAACAUGGCAAAACUCAGACGAGAAUCGAUCGCCCAUUCGCAAGGAAUGGGAGGGGUAUCAUGGGGAUCGCUCACCAUCGGGUCUUGGCUGCGCGACGAAGUGAUGAUUCACGCUCAUAUGUCGCAAGCAGCUCACCAGGGAUCCAGCGGAGUACCGCAGCAUACGUACAUUGGGAACACUGCUGGAUCUUCCGCGGCCGGAAACCUGGCAGGUGGCUCUUCGUUCUCGCCACCGGGUGCAGCGUCCGCCUAUCUGCCCAACCUCGAAAAACAGUAUUGCAAGGACUAUUCGUGCUGUGGUCUGCUACUUCCGGGCCUCCACGACCUGCUAAGACAUUACGAGGAGGCCCAUAUCUCCACCUCGCCGGGAACCAUCAAUACUCAUGCAUCAUCGGUUGCCAACAUUCCGACCAAUGCAGGGCUCUCAAGUGGUGCGAUGACUGGCAUGGCUGGAGUAAACUCCGCACAAGUUGCCAACAACAACGCUUUGAAAAAGCGGCGAAUGACCGCCAUGUACCAGCAGCAGCUCCAACAACAGCAGCGCCAAACACCACAGCAACAGCAGUUCCAUCAGCGACAGUCUAUGCAAGAAGCUCAAGCGCCACAUGGGCAUCAACAGCAACACCUUAAUCAGUCGUCUCAGCAUCAGCGACAGCAGCAAGCUGGAAAUCAGCAAGGGCUUCCGCAUCAACAACAGCAUCAUAACAUUCAAUACCAGCAGUUUGCCAAGCAACAGCAACCGCAGCAGAACGCACAACAACAACAACCGCAACAACAACAGCAGCAGCACAACAGUCAUGUGCAACAACAAAUGCAAAAUCAGAUGUUCAAUCAGGCCAUGCAACAACAACUGCAUGGCGGACCGCACAAUCCGAGCUCGAAUACGACCAGUAACAUCCAGCAGUUGCAUCUGAAUGGGAACUUGGUUGAUGCAGUUUCUACCAACGAGGUUUUCUUGCAGAAUGGCGCCGGUCAAAGCGGGAAACGAGGACCUAUGGCGAAUGCAGGUGUUUCGGGCAGCGGUUUCAACGGCUCCGCUGGCAGCAACAAUAACAAUAAGAUGCAAGGCGGGUUCAACAACUAUUCGUUGAACAUGCAGCCCCAUGGAAAACAGGGAUUGGAUGCUUCGGUCAUGCAGCAGUUUCAAUCACAGCAGCACCAACAACAGUCACAAGUCUCUAACCAACACCAUUCCCAACAUACCGGACUGCAACAGCAUCACUUACAGCAGCGGCAAAGUGCUCUUCUCCAACAGCAGCAGCAACAGCAGCAGCAGCAAAUGCUGCAUCAGCAACAACAGCAGCAGCAAAGAGUAAUGGGCAAUGCCUCCAAUGCCGCAUUACUGAAUAGACAGCGAUUCCCAUCACAGGUGGGCAGCGUAGGCGCAGGUAUCGACCUUGAUUUCAUGGACGCGGAUAUCGUCGACGACCUGCACGAUGGAUCUGCCAUCAUGGGCGGCGCGGCUCCACCUUUACCAGCUGAUUUAGCGAAAGCGUGGAAGCAAGUGGACACUGGUGCCGUCGCGGGAACCAAAAUAUCACCGAAGAUUGGAAACGGUCCUGAUUCUGAAGACAGUAGCAUGAGCGACGACGACGAAGAGGAAGGCGUAGCGGUGGCAACUGUGCCCACCACAGCUGUUAACAAGCGCAAACAGCAGCCCGGUUUUAUCGACGAUCCGGCCCGCAGACUCUACGUCAUGGACCAUGAGGAACACAAACCAUUCAAAUGCCCGGUCAUCGGAUGUGACAAGACUUACAAAAACCAGAACGGGCUCAAAUACCACAAACUGCACGGCCACCAGAACCAGAAGCUCCAUGAGAAUCCAGACGGCACUUUCAGCAUCAUCGACCCCGAAAGUAAUGAGCCAUACCCUGAUGGCUUAGGGCUCGAAAAGGACAAACCGUACCGCUGCGAGGUGUGCGGCAAAAGGUACAAGAACUUGAAUGGUUUGAAGUAUCACAGGGGACAUUCUACGCAUUGA